GAAACACAGACAAGUUGUAAAAAGGAGUCAAAGGACUAACCCUUCCUUGGAUCUCUUUCUACCUCUUUUCUCCGCGACUGGUUUCAGUUUGAACCUAAGGCAGAGAAGCCAGAGAGUCUCCUCUGCCUUAGAGAAACUCUCACAAUGGCGUUUCAGGACUUUGAUCUCAUCUCAGAGAGGAGAAGGAACGAGAAGAGGCAAAAGGCGAGGAAGAGGAUCAUGAUUGGCGUGGUCUCUUCCGUUGUCCUCGUUGCCAUGAUAGGUGCAGUACUCUUCGUUGUGGUUAGAAACGACAACGAAGCAGGCAACAAAAAAAGCAAUGAAAACAAGUCACAUGGCCAUUCACAACAAUCUACCACCCCCGGCAAGGAUCACGUUGUGGCGCAUUCGAAGAUGGUGAAAUUGGUGUGCAGCUCCGCGGACUACAAGGAAAAAUGUGAAGACCCUCUUAACAAGGCAAUGGAGGAUGACCCCAAACUCACGCAACCAAAAGACCUUCUCAAGGCAUAUGUCAAAUUUGCUGAGGAUGAGGUUAGCAAGGCCUUCAACAAAACCAUCUCCAUGAAGUUUGAAAAUGAGCAAGAGAAAGGUGCAUUUGAAGAUUGCAAGAAGCUCUUUGAGGAUGCCAAGGACGACAUUGCAACCUCCAUAUCCGAACUUGAAAAAAUUGAGAUGAAGAACCUUUCUCAAAGGACUCCUGAUUUCAACAGCUGGCUCAGUGCUGUCAUCUCCUUCCAACAGAAUUGUGUUGAUGGCUUUCCCGAGGGAAACACAAAGACUGAACUUCAGACUCUCUUCAACGAUUCCAAGGAAUUCGUUAGCAACUCCCUUGCCAUUCUGUCUCAGGUUGCAUCGGCUCUUUCAACAAUCCAAACACUAGCACGCGGCAGCCGUUCGUUGCUGUCUGAGAACAGCAACUCCCCAGUUGCUUCUCUAGACAAAGCUGAUGGCCUUCCUUCUUGGAUGAACCAUGAGGACCGAAGGGUAUUGAAGGCUAUGGAUAACAAACCUGCACCUAAUGUCACCGUGGCUAAAGAUGGCAGCGGAGACUUCAAAACCAUCUCUGAAUGUUUAAAUGCUGUCCCUCAAAAUUUUGAAGGACGUUAUGUGAUUUUUGUUAAAGAAGGAGUAUACGAUGAGACUGUGACCAUAACAAAGAAAAUGCAAAAUAUAACCAUGUAUGGUGAUGGAUCCCAAAAGAGCAUCAUCACUGGCAACAAAAACUUUAGGGACGGUGUCAGGACUUUCCUAACUGCAAGUUUUGUGGUAGAGGGAGAUGGAUUCAUAGGCCUAGCAAUGGGAUUCAGAAACACUGCAGGCCCUGAUGGCCACCAAGCAGUGGCUGCAAGAGUGCAGGCGGAUCGUGCAGUGUUUGCCAACUGUCGGUUCGAGGGCUACCAAGACACUCUAUACACCCAAGCCCACAGACAAUUCUACAGGAGCUGCAUCGUUACAGGAACAAUCGAUUUCAUCUUUGGCGACGCAGCUGUCGUGUUCCAGAACUGCAUCAUGGUAGUUAGGAAGCCAUUGGAAAACCAGCAGAACAUGGUGACUGCUCAAGGGAGAGUCGACAAGCAACAAGUCACUGGAAUUGUGCUGCAGAAAUGCACAAUCAAGGCUGAUGAUUCACUGGUUCCAGAGAAGGACAAGAUCAGGAGCUACCUUGGGAGGCCGUGGAAGGAGUUCUCGAGAACAAUUGUGAUGGAAUCGGAAAUAGGUGACUUCAUUCACCCCGAUGGAUGGACAGCUUGGGAGGGAGACUUUGCUCUCAAGACAUUGUACUAUGCUGAGUAUGGCAACACAGGACCUGGUGCCAGCACCAAUGCUAGGAUCAAGUGGCCUGGUUACCAAGUCAUUAACAAGGAUGAGGCUAGCCAGUUCACUGUGGGAUCUUUCUUGAGAGGCACAUGGCUCCAGAACACGGGCGUGCCUGCCACGCAAGGCUUGUACAAUUAAACGCCUUUGUUUCAAAUUUCAUACCACUUGAGUUCUUGCUUCAGCCUUUGAGCUGCUGCUGCUACAUGUUAAUUAGGCACACCGGAAAAUAAACUUGAUGGUCUUGCUCAUUUUGAUGAA